AUGGGGUGCGAAACUUCAGUAUUAUGCACGUUGCUGAUUUUCUUCCAAAUUAUUGGUCGGUCAUUUGAAAUGAGCCACGAUUUUGUGCCCAUUAGAGAUGAUUUAUUCAGUAAGUGCGAGGAGAAGCCAGAAAUGGGCUAUUUGGAUGUAUUCGCGGAUUUAUCCAACUUGAGCAGCAAACGAGGUGCUGGUGGAAUUAAUAUAUCAGGAAACGCAACAACCAUAUGGGAUGUGGAUCCAUCGGAUGUCGUCGAGGUUGAUGUUAGCAUACUGAAGUUCGAAGGAGAUAAGUGGAUACCAACAAUAAUUAAAGGGAAUGUUAAGGAUUUUUGCAAGACCUUUUUCGACAAGAACUCCAUUUAUUACUCCUAUUCACCAAAACAUGUGGUUAACAAGAAGGAAGUGAAGGAAAAAUGCAUUACCAGUCCAGGAUCAAUAUUAGUGUGGAAGCCCUAUCUCCUGAAAAUAUCAUUCAGCUACGCAGUUCCUCUGAAUGUGGGGCGCCACAAGGCCGUUAUAAUAUAUUCUGCCAUUGACAAAGCCGGAGUUAAGCGUGAUAGGGACAUUUGCAUGGAAAUUGUCGGCGACAUUGUUAAUGCCUAAUCGCAGUCAC